ACCUCUCCACAAACUGGAUCAAACCUUCCAAAAAAAUCGGAGACAUCGCGACCUCCAAACAUCUCCCAACAUAACCUCAAAAAACGCCAGAGAAUGGACCGAUCUAACGACGAAACCUCGCUGGAAUGGUCGUUCAGGAUGGUUAGCAGUUUGUCCAGGGUUUGUGCACCAGUGAAUCCGCCAUUGCUGAGAAAGAGACCGAAUUCUCAACCGACGGAGAAAAUCGUGAGGUCCAGCGGACUGAGGUGGUGGUAAAAAAGGAGGGGACGAUCAACAACAAGGACAGAACUAGACGGGUGGAACAGGAACGGAACAGAACGACGGAGAAGGGAGACCUGACGAGGCGAGGGAGAGCCCGUGGAGGGAAAAAGAAGAGUGGGUAGUUGAUGGCGACGAUGUGCAACGGUGUGAUGUUUGUUGGGCUCACGUUUUGUCUGUGAUAACUCGGGGGAAGAUUCUUUUUUUUCAUUUAAUUCGUUAAACAAAUAGCCAAUAAGUAGGUCCCCCCGGUUAACUAAUUAAACACCAGUGGUGACUGUUAUCAGUGGCACGUGUGACGCUUAAUUAAUGUUAAGGAGGUGAUCUUGGAGGAUAAAUGUUCAGUGGACCCGGAGAGUGUUCUGUGAGUGAGAGUAGCGUUUGGGUUGUUUCUCGGGGAUAAAAAAAACCUCGGGAAAAAAAAAAAUUUUUCUCAAUUUCAACUGUCGUUUUAGUGACUGACGAAUUACCUGGGGUUAAUCAUGAUUGUUGGGGUGGUUUUGUGCUCUGGCGUGGUUCACGAGGUAUCAUGAUGAUGAUCGGUGGAUUUAUAGCGUGGAGAGGUGUGCACAAUCUUCAUAGGUAGGAAGACGCCUCUCGGUGAAACGACAAGUAAUACGCGUGCCAACUGGUGCCAAACACACUUGUACUUGAGGAGAGACAUCACCCUUGCCGCCGGACAGGCCGAGGCUUACUCCGGAGCUUGACCAAGCGAGGCGUUCCGAAAACCUGUAAUUACGGGCCCGGCAAACAUCAAGCGAUGCCGCCGACGUACCAGCCGCCAUAAUUUGGACUAGCCAUGUCCACUAGGAAGCGAAGGGGAUUAAAAUCUAGUAUAAAAGUUCAUAUAGUAAUAAACAGCUAUGACAGAUAGGAUGAGUGGAAGCCGGAGGAGUGAAGCACGUUGCUUCAAUGAGAACUCUCCAAGGCCUCCAGUGCCCGGAGAAGAAACGGGAGGAUACAAUAUUGGAAGAAUACCUCCCCAGAGUCCUGCUCUAACACCUAGACGAUCAUUACUGGGUCGCACGUCCACUGGUACCUGCGAUGCUUCAGCGCCGAUGGGAUUCGAACCCGAGGGCUGUUGUGACUCGUCAAUUAUGGAGAGCAAUUCACCACCCGCUUGUCUCAGAUGGGCAACGAAUCUCAAUUCGUUGCUCCAGGACAGAGAGGGACUUCAGUUGUUCAGAAAAUAUUUGGAACAGGAGGGCACAUCACACGCCAAUCCACUCGAUUUUUAUUUCGCAUGUGAGGGACUCAAUCAGGAGCAUGAUAAGGAUAAAGUCCAUCAGUUGAUUAAGGCUAUUAAUAGACGAUUUCUUCAAAAGACACAAUUAGCCAUCCCCGAGCACAUACGAAAAGAGGCGAGUCGUCGUGUGAAGGAGGGACGAGCUGAUAAAACAGUAUUCGACGCUGUACAGCACGAAGUCGAGCGUGUUAUAAAGGAGACAAUUUAUCCAAAUUUUCUAAGUUCAGAAAUUUAUUUGGGAUAUGUAUCUGCAUGCCAACAUGCUGAUUCAGCUGGAUGUCCAAGCUCCGGCUCGAGUCGUGAAAUGUCAUUAUCGUGUGGUCCAGCUUUACUGCCAACCCUACAUGAAGAUGCCGAAUUUUUUGCUGGACAUUAUUCCCAUUCGGCGUGCGAAACACCGGGUGAAUUAAGACUGACUAGGGAUGUCCUUAUGAGGACACAACAGACAAGAGCUAUGGAUCUGAGGCCUAAAACUGAGGCACUUGCUGGAAUGUACUUGCACCCUACGACUAGUCCAUACCAUAUGCGUUCCCGAGCACCCCUACAGUAUUCGUCAUACAAUCCAGUAUCGAGACAGGACUCGGAGUUGCAGAGUUUGAGCAGUGAUGCCAGAACUGAGUCUGACAAUUUGUCACUGACUGACAACUCAGUAGAUGGAAUGUCAAUAGGACGAUCUAGAGGUCUGAAGAAAUCGUACGCACGUGAAUCAAAAUCAUUGAGAACCAUGGGCCCCAUCCAUAGCGAUCCAACUCUCUACACAGUGAUACCGAGGACUCAGCGUGUGACAAAGGACACAUGUGUACCAAGUGAUCCAGCUGUACUGGGACCAAUUCUCAUUCAAAAGUUGGAGGCAGUGAGACGUGAGCAGGAGAAUGAGGAGAAACUCAACAGGCAUCUCCAAGAGGCCGACUCAAUGUGCAUGAAUUCAAUGGAGGGUCCUCCAUCCAAUGCCCUGGCUGAUGCACUCCGUGAAAAGCUCCAGAUCGAUGACGAUGAUCAGGCCAUUCUUGAUCAGCAUGUUUCACGUGUCUGGUCAGAUCCCACGCCCUCGAGAUCACCCAGAUUCGAAUCGCCUAGGGUACACUCGCCGGAACGAUGUAAAAGAAAUGUUUCAAUGCACAAUUAUACACGAUCGUAUAAGCAACGAAAGGAGAAGGAUGUGUUUUCCACAUUUUCUGCUGAUAGCGGAAAUAUUCAUGACUUCCCAGAGGGCAGCGAUUUGGCUACUGUGGGCUCUUUUAGCUCCUUGGGGUCGCAUAUUCCAAAGUCCAAGUCUGUUCCUUCAGAGUAUGCUGAUUCUUUGCAUAAAGCUGAAUUUUAUUAUCAAGCGCAUGAACAAAGAUUCAGGAGAGCAGAUAUGUCCAGGAGAUCAGCGACCAAGAAGUCCAUGACAGAAUUGACCGACAGUGGUGUGAGUGUUGUGAGUGAUGUACCUCCAGUGCCACCAACUAAGGAGCAUCGUCUUCAUGCAUGGCUCAAUCAGAGUGAUAAGAAGGGCGAUGGCAAGCAUUAUCGUCAUCCCAAAAAAUACGGCUCGAGGAGUGGCUCAUUGGAGAGAGCGGGUAGAGAAUCCUGGGGAGUUCCGUCGCAACCGUUUGUCACUGAUCCAGGAAUGCCACCUCUUCCACCCCCUAAUACUGCCAUGCAACUGGAAGAAGCCAGACGUCGACUGAUGGAAGAAGACCGAGCACGUUGUGCAGGAAGUAUUGUUGCUGGAUCAAGCACUGGUGCAACUAAUAGAAGAUAUCCAGCAGCUCCCUCCAACACAUCGACCCUGCGUAAAAAGCAGGACACAGGUGAUUUCACAACGGCAAUAUUCUCAUUCUGCGAUGAGAAUGUACCCUACAGAAUAAAAAUCCCAGGGCACAAUGUGACUUUGAAGCAGUUCAAAGAGUAUCUACCGAAGAGAGGCAGCUACAGGUAUUUCUUCACAACUGAAUGUGAAGAUGUUGAUACCAAAAUCAUCCAGGAAGAAAUCACCGAUGACACUGAAGUGCUGCCUCUGUGGGAGGGCAAGAUAAAGGCCCAGGUCAAGGCCCUCGAAUAAAAAAUUCACCUCUCGUCCAUGAAAAGCAGAUGAAGAAGAAAAAAGCGAACCAUUAUUUAUUAUCAAACUGUACAGUAUACAUACAUAUACAUAUAUUUUUUUGUUCACAAUUUCAUAGCGAUUUUGAAGGGAGAAUUGUAAAACGACUGUUUGUCGUUGAUAUCUCUCAUUUGAAUAUUUUCAUUUCAUUAAUUUUCUUAAUCAUUAAAAUUUGAGAAAUGGGUUUAGAAAAUCAUCGAGCCAAGUAGAUUUACGAAAUACUUUAAAUCAUUUUUUUUUAAACAAUCGGAGGCUUCCCACAGUCUUUGUUUAUUUCCGGCCGAAUGUACAAAAUGAGCGCGAUGUAGAAUUCUCGCCUUUAUAAGGCACUAGAAACUUCAAAUAGGGCAGUUAGUUAAUAAUUUUUUUAGACUUUAAGAUUGAAGUGAAUAUUGCGUAUAUCAUAUUGUAUAUUUAUCGCAAAAUCGUUAUACAUCAAUAUACACGUUGUGUACGUAAUAUUCAGUGGGUAAUGUUUUAUCGGUUAACAGGAGGGAAUGGAUUUCACGAAAAUUGACGUGUCACAGAGAAUGGAAAAAUCGUGCGAGAAAUUUUAUGAGCAGAGAGUGAUGAUGAUUUUCAAGAAAUUAUAGUUAGACGAAAAGAAUGAGUUAUGAUUGGGUAUAGGCAGCCUGAGGGGUGGGAAAACCGAAGAUUAUGUCACGAGGUCGAAAUCGUGGAGAUUUUUUUUUCGGGAGGCUAAAUAUUGUGCCUUUUAGGAUAAGAAUUGAAUUAAGACUUAGUAAGGAUUAAGGAUACAACUGGCAAAAAAAAAAUACACAAAAAUAUUGAAAUUCGACUAAUUCAGGGAAUUCGACAGUCUGUACGACAAUUUUAUUGGUUUUUUAAAUGCAAAUUUAUUUGCACCAUUGCUGCAAUAUCGUUUUGAAGCUGUUUCAAAGACAUUUACAGAAAUACUGGUGCAAUUAUUUUGCGAGAUUCAUUCGUGUUUAUUCUAUUCAAUGUACAAUAGAAUUUUAUUGCAUUUUAUUAUCGUGAGGGCUGUUUGAUUUAUGAUUAACAGCGAAUGUUAACAGUCAAUUUGUCGAUCCCCAGCGUUAGAUGUUACAUAAACAAAUGGCCUAAGUGUGGGCCUAGGUCACCGUCAGUAUCCUGAGAUAUUCAUUACAGUCACUUUCUUCGAGCUUCCAAUUUGUUUCAUUGUUUGUAAUGAUAUCAGCAUUAAUGUUCUUUCCAGUUUAGGAUAUUACGUAAACGGACAAAAACUUCUACGUCAAAUUUAUAAUCCGAUGAUUAUUUGUAAUGAGUUUUAUCGUAAAUCAUGUUUUUUACUCAUUGAUUGAUGAUAAAACAUUGUUCAAGUGUUCCUGUAUCUCACAGAUCAAUUGAUUUUUUAAAUAAUGAGAGAACGAGAUAUUUCAAUACAUUUAACUAUUAUUUUUUAUUAUUAAUAAUAUCCUGAUUAUUAAUUAUUGUAUAGAUGAUGGAUGGGGGAGAGAAACAAUUGUCAAAACAAAAUGAUGAUGAAAUAAUAAUGAUGCAGCGAUUUUCACCACA